AUGGACUCGCCGGCUGAGGCUCGAGGCAACUCGGGCGGUGCUUCACACAGCAUCACCAGUUUCGCGAGUGACAUCGCAUGCCUGGACGCCACCAGAAUCCACUCGACGACCAAAAACAUGUGCGAUACUAUCCCCAUCACUACCGCCGCCAUCGCUACCGAGGAAAUAAAGGUUGACAUGGACAAGAAGGGAGGUGCUGAGAAGGAAGUGAUGGAAACCGAGGAGGAGGACGCGGAGGAGGACGAGGAGGACGAGGAUGAGGACGAGAUGGAGAUGGACGAGGAGGUAGGGGGAGAGGACCAGGAGGACUAG